AUGCAGUUACGGGCAAGUAUUGCCUAUAAUAGAAGAAAAGAUGCAGUGAGUGGUUUUGUAACAGAUGGACACGAAGCUAAGAAAAUUCUUGCUGAUCAUGCUCAGGUUUUCUUAAUCCGGGGCCUUAUUAAAAAUUUUAAGCAACCAAUAGCCUAUACCUUCUCAUCAGGUAUGACAAAAGGUUAUGAAUUAGCUAAACAAAUAAAAGAAAUUAUUACUGGACUGCAGCAAGUCGGCUUUAAAGUUUUAGCUACUAUCUGUGACCAAGGCACAAAUAAUAGGCAAGCAAUCAAAAUCCUCAAAGAGGCGACAAGGAGGUCAUAUUUAUGCCAAAACGAAACGGAAAUGCCUCGAGAUAAUAUUUUUAUUAUAAAUUCUCAAGAAAUUGUUCCAAUAUUUGAUCCACCUCAUUUAUCAAAAGGUAUAAGAAACAAUCUUCUUACUAAAAACCUUAAUUACAAAAUAGAUGGAAAACCUGGCACAGCUAAAUGGCAUCAUUUAGAACUACUCUAUAAAGAAAAUCCUGGCUACAAAGGCAUAAGGCUUAUGCCUACGUUAACGGAAACUCAUAUAAUUCCUACCAAAAUACCAAAAAUGAAAGUCAAAUACGCCAGUCAAAUAUUCAGCCGAACAAUCUCAUCCAAUAUGGGAUAUCUCGCAGAUAAAGGCAUUCUUCCUGUAGCAUGUAAGGAGACUGCAGAUUUUCUUUUUUUUAUGGAUAAUUUAUUUGACUCCGUAAAUGGUAGUUAUCCAAAAAAUAAAUAUGUUAAACCUUUACUCGGUCCAGUAACACCCACGUCAAUUCAUAAAAAAAUUUGGAGGGAGGGUAAAAAAAUACUUCAGACAUUACAAUUUGUAAACCAAAAGUGCCUAAAAACAGAAUUUGUACCAACAGUACAGAGUUGGAUAACUACCAUUAAUGGCAUGGAAGACAUUGUUGCGAAGAUGGAAAAAGAUUAUAAAAUAACUUCUGUUUGGAUGCAACACCUUAACCAAGACCCUUUAGAAAAAUUUUUUGGGGCCAUUCGUAGUCAUGGGGGCCCCAACAAUAAUCCAACAACAGAACAGUUUGAGUCUGCAUUUGCUACAUUCCUAAUAAACAGUUUAACAAGUGUUUAUGCUCCAGGAUCUAACUGUGAAAAUGAUAAUGGUGAAUCAUUAUAUUCUCUUAUAAUAAAUAAGGACAGUGAAGUCAAUAAGACCUGUGAAGUUGAUAUUAAUGACGUACUAGAAAUUUAA